AUGCCUCCAGAAGAUUCUGGUGUUACAAAGUCUUCCUCCACAAUUGAAGAUUUGGAACAGAUGGACACGGAGAAUCAGUUCUGCAGUCCAACUGAAAUGGAGACAGUUGUCAACAGUGAGAGGUGUCAGAAACAUAGCCUGGUGUGUGCAACUGUCUCCCCCUUGGACAAGUGUCUCCAGUGUGUGGGACCUGUGUCCUCCCUCAAGUGGCUUGGCUAUAAAUGCAGAGAACUCCCACAAGAAAAUGUUUGUAAGGUGGAGGAGGACGGGGUUUCCAGUGACCAGCACCUGGAUAACCUGGAGAGGAGCUGCAGCCCGGACCAGGAGGAACCAGGGCAUCCACAGACUACAGAACUGGAGGAAGACUCCAGCGGUCAGGAGAUGAAGCACGAGGACGUAGAGGUGGAUGUCUCAUUGGUCAAUGUUGCUGAUGUGAAAGUUGAAAAUGGGGAACCAGGACCAAACUGUGGCCAGCUGCUGUUGCACACUUCUCCUGAAGCUCAAAACAAAGAUGAGGAAGGAACUGAAAGUUUACGCUCAGACUCCAGUAAAACUGCAGAUCCGGAGCCAAUGAGACGACACGGUGACCACGAAGAUGCUGCUGUCCCGUCAGACAGCAACUGUAAAUCAAAGCUGACCAGGACCCACACGGGGAAGAAGGUAUUUUCUUGCAGCACUUGCAGGAAAGAGUUCAGUAAUAGUAGUAAUUUAAUGGAUCACAUGAAGAUCCACACUGGCGAAAGGCUGUACCUGUGCAACACCUGCGACAAAACCUUUACUUAUUUAUCAUAUCUUAAACGGCAUAUAACCACGCACACGGGCGAGAAGCCCUACAUCUGCAAAACAUGUGGAAAAAGUUACAGGCUACAUUCCCAUCUGGUGAUUCACUCGAAGACCCACAUGGACGAGAAGCCCUACAUCUGCAAAACAUGUGGAAAGAGUUACAAGCAACGUUGCCACCUGGUGGUUCACUCAAGGACCCACACCGGCGAAAGGCCGCACGUGUGCAGCACCUGCAGCAAAACCUUUACUAUUUCAUCGGAUCUUAAACGCCACAUAACCACGCACACCGGCGAGAAGCCCUACAUCUGCAAAACAUGUGGAAAAAGUUACAGGCUACGUUCCCACCUGCUGGUUCACUCGAGGAUCCACACGGGCGAGAAGCCGUACCUGUGCAACACCUGCGGAAAAACCUUUACUCAGUUAUCAGCUCUUAAAAGCCACAUAACCACGCACACGGGCGAGAAGCCCUACAUGUGCAAAACAUGUGGUAAAAGUUACACAGAACGUUGCCACCUGGUGGUUCACUCGAGGAUCCACACCGGCGAAAGGCCGUACCUGUGCAACAUCUGCGGAAAAACCUUUACUAGAUCAUCAAAUCUUAAAAGCCACAUAACCACGCACACGGGCGAGAAGCCCUACAUCUGCAAAACAUGUGGAAACAGUUACAAGCAACGUUGCAACCUGGUGGUUCACUCGAGGACCCACACCGGCGAAAGGCCGCACGUGUGCAGCACCUGCAGCAAAACCUUCACUAAUUUAUCGGAUCUUAAACGCCACAUAACCACGCACACGGGCGAGAAGCCCUACAUCUGCAAAACAUGUGGAAAGAGUUACAAGCAACAUUACAGCUUGGUGUUUCACUCGAGGACCCACACGGGCGAGAAGCUAUAUUUGUGCAAGACGUGCAACAAAGGUUUUGGCCGCAGAAUUGAUUUGCUGAGUCACAUGAAAAAUCACCCGGAGGAGAAGUCUGGUGACUCGUGACAAAUGAAGCUCAUGUUGUCGUCCUCCGGGGGCAGCUGUCCACUCCUGUCUGGCCCACAGAAGAAGAACCCGCAGAAGUCCAACCACCACCUCCUGUGGCUGAUGAGCCUAAUCCCCUCCCCACAAGGGUUGCAGGUUCAACCCGGAUUUAUGUUUCUCCGUCAACUUGACGCAGAGGGAACG